AGCGCGAGCGAGCGCGCCAGACAGCGCGAGAGCGCGAGCGAGCGCGCCAGACAGAGCGUGAGCGUGAGCGAGCGCGCCAGACAGAGCGAGUGCGCGAGAGCGAGCGCGCCAGACAGAGCGAGAGCGCGAGAGCGAGCGCGCCAGACAGAGCGAGAGCGCGAGAGCGAGCGCGCCAGACAGUGCGAGAGCGCGAGAGCGAGCGCGCCAGACAGAGCGAGAGCGCCAGACAGAGCGCGAGAGCGAGCGCGCCAGACAGAGCGAGAGCGAGCGCGCCAGACAGAGCGAGAGCGCGAGAGCGCCAGACAGAGCGAGAGCACGAGAGCGCCAGACAGAGCGAGAGCGCGAGAGCGCCAGACAGAGCGAGAGCGCGAGAGCGCCAGACAGAGCGAGCGCGCCAGACAGAGCGCGAGCGAGCGCCAGACAGAGCGUGAGCGCGAGAGCGCCAGACAGAGCGUGAGCGCGAGAGCGCCAGACAGAGCGAGAGCGCGAGCGAGCGCGCCAGACAGAGCGAGAGCGCGAGCGAGCGCGCCAGCGAGAGCGCGAGAGCGCCAGACAGAGCGAGCGCGCCAGACAGAGCGAGAGCGCGAGA